UUAGAAAAUAUAAAUAAAUUAGUAAAACUAGAAAAAAAUACAAAUAUAAAUCAAUAUUUAGAUGAUUUAUUAACAUUAUUAAAAGCUUUAAAACAAAACCAACUUUUUACACCAGAUUCUUCUAGUAUAUUUUUACAAAAUCUAAAUUCAGAAAGAGAAAUAUAUAAAAAUUAUAUUAAUAAUGAUGGUAAAGAAAAAAUUUCAGAAAAGCUAGAUUUAGAAAUAUUUAAAACUUCUGAUAAUUUUAAUAAACUUAAAAAAGAAUAG